UAACUAUCUGAAAGUAAGAAACUUAAGGCAAGCUGCUGAGCUAUAAAUACGUGACCAAAUAGGCCUCAAUUGGCAAAUCGAAAAACUCGGUGACCAUGAAGGUCAAGUGGAACUGGCUUGAGUUACUGCUGUGCUGGCUAACAAUACUGACUUUCUUUGCAUUUGAAGUGGAAUCGAGUAAACGUUUGAGACUUGGAUUACACAAGAAUCCUGAACCAAUCGAGCAGAAUGUUCAAAACGAACUAAAGACAUUGUCCAUAAAGCACAAACUAAUAGUGGAUGUUUCAGAAACUGUGGCUACCACGAAACCAAAAACAUUAGACGCUGGAUCAGGAGUGGCCAGGCUUGGAAACCUAUAUAACACGGAGUAUUUUGUGUCCUUAGAGAUUGGAAAUCCGCCACAGAAACAAAACGUACUGAUAGAUACAGGUUCUGCCAAUUUAUGGGUUUAUUCGAGCCAGUGCCCAGAUACUUUUAUACCCUGUGCCAAGCAGAAGAAAUACAAUUCAAGUGCUUCCACAACUCACAAGGCUAUGAAUGCCAAGUUCACUAUUCAAUAUGGCUCUAAUAGGGAUGGAGAAAUUAUUGCCCUCUCGGGUUUUCAAUCCCAGGACACAGUGAACAUAGCUGGAUUUGCCAUUAAAAAUCAAACAUUUGCCGAGAUCACCAAUGCACCAGAGGCCUUGGCCUUUCUAAAAGCAGAAUUCGUUGGCAUUUUGGGCUUGGGAUUCCCGAACAUAGCCAUCGAGGGUAUUACCCCACCGUUCUUCAAUUUGGUGGCUCAGGGUCUGAUAAAAAAGCCAGUGUUCUCCAUUUACCUCAAUAGGAAUGGCACAGAUGCCGUAAACGGUGGUGAAUUGAUUUUGGGCGGCACAGAUCCGGGACUUUAUAGUGGAUGUCUCACGUAUGUGCCCGUUUCAACAGCUGGAUACUGGCAAUUUACCAUGGAAAGUGCCACGGUGAAUGGGUUUAGCUUUUGUAAAAACUGCGAAGCUAUACUCGAUGUGGGCACUUCCCUGAUUGUUGUGCCCGAGGAAAAUCUAAACGCAAUCAAUCAUAUAUUGGGCAUUAACCACGACCACUCGAGCAGUGUCUUUUUCGUGGAUUGCUUUAGGAUCAAAGAUCUACCGGAUAUUAUUUUCACCAUUGGCCACCGGGAAUUUCGCUUGAAGUCCACCGAUUAUGUACUGCGAUAUGGACCCAAUUGUAUCUCGGGAUUCACCAGCUUGAGGGGCAACAACCUGUUGAUUCUCGGUGAAAUUUUCAUGGGAGUUUACUACACGGUCUACGACACUGUCAACAAACUUAUUGGAUUAGCACCAGCAGUUCACUAAUUUACACAAUAUUAUUCCGCGUUAAAAAUAUAUAUUUUUAUUAAUAACCCAUUGUAAACGAAUCUAUUAAUUUUUAAUAAAUAAACUCCUUUUGAAAAAUAAAAGCUCAGAUAUAUACAUUACUAAUACUAA